UCGGUUAAUGGAACGAUCGUCAACGCUAGCGAGAAUCGACGGCGGCGACCCGAGACGUUUGCGACGAUACGACGAUCGAAAAGUCCGAGGUUCUCAGUGAUGUGGUAUCGUGUCGAGUGAUGAAGCGAGAAACGAACAGCGAAGACGUCCGGAAGAGCGAGAGAAGCGAUGCGAAAGACAGAGCAAUGUACACGCAUCGAUGGAAGAAGAGACACGGAAUGCGACACUACACCUCACUCAACAACGGCGUACGACAAACUGAGGCCGACUUGGAUUCAACGCGGCUCAGCGGGAUGAAGGGGCAGCCGACCGACCGCAAGGUGGGGAAACCAUCGAAUCACCCAUGGUGGGGAGCGCCAUCGCAGGUACGGACAUCGCGCUCGAAGCGCCACCUCCCUCCAUCGAGCGCGACCGAACUGUUCUGUGUACAGACUCUAUCUACGUUUCUGAGACGAGUCUCUAUAUGGAAAUUAACCCUAUUUCAUAGGAAAUGUCUCAUAUUUAAUGACGAUAUGAUCAAAGAUAAUUUUCUUUUGUUUUAUAUUUCAAUACUAUAGUCUCGUACACAACGCAU